GCCCGCCAUGGCUUCAGAUCCUAAAACACCGGCUGAUUAUGCUAUGUUGAUACUCUAUAGGCAGUUUCAUAAGACGGCGGAUAGAAAACUGAAUAAUAUCAUGAGUUGGAACGUGGACCGUGAACCUGAUUUUAUGAAAAUCGUUGGACCUGGCGCCGACCUUUCUUUUGACAAACUGUUGAAUUCAAUGGGAUACAUCGUGAGGCAUCGACCACGGUCACUGAUAGACACGGUGAUGAUGUGGCGUAAAGAGAAAACAGAAAAAUCAUCAGAUGCCCCAGAUGCACCGACUCACAAACGUACAUCGAGUAAUGAUGGUGCUUUGGUGGAGCGUGUUAAAGAUACUCAAGGAAUUUUGACUGAACGUAAAGCGCAAGUUACUAUGUAUAUCUUAUGCCGUGCUCUUCUCGAAAUAACAAAGCAAUUGCAGCCUGAUGCACUAGGAGAAGACCAUGGCGCCGAACUAGAAAAAUUAAUAUUUGAUCAAUUGAUAAAAGGAUCAGAUCCGGAAUUGAUACAACGAUAUCGUAAUCGCGAAGCAAGUUUCAAUCUAUAUGCUGAGUUGAUCGGCUCACUAUCAAAUAUUCGAUUUCCGACAGUGUCAGAUCGAUUCAUAGCCGAACUAGAAAAAUAUGCAAAAUAUCCACCGAAUUUGAUUAAAGAACACGAGGCGAAGAUUACAAUGCUUAUAAAGGGAAUGCGAUAUUUAAAGUUGAAGAUUUAUCCUGAAGGAGCAUUAGAAGAAACUGCGGAAUUCUUGAAUAGUUUGGCUGGAUUUUUGAAAAAUGCUACUGGUACUAAGAUUAAGCAUGCGUAUGCGGAAUUAUUUGUGCAGUUAUUGGCACCUAUUGCUGGGGUGGCAGUAGCAGAAGUUAAUUUUCCUGUGUGGGUGAAAGCAGUAGAAAUGUUAUAUCCUAAAGCGUCGAAGAUGACAGAAAAGCUUCGGCAUUGGGAUGUAGCAUAUACCUUUGCAACUACCUUGCUAUGUGUUAGUCAACGAGAAUUUUUUGCUCAGAAAUGGUGGCCAUGUGUUGAAGCUUGUAUCGCAAGAUUCAAGGAAAGAGAUCGCCGUCAUAUGGCAUUAGGCUGUGUUGUACGAUUAGUGUGGACGUUUCUAUAUAGAUGCACCGAAACCACUGGAAAUACACAAAAAAAGCUUGACACAAUAAGUCGAAUUCUGUUUCCCCCAAAUAAGCUCUCAAUCAAUCCACCAGAUGUGUGUGUCGAAUUAUUUGUACUCUAUGUGUACUAUAUAGGGUUCAAACCACAGCACUUUGAAUACUGUCUAAAAAAUCUUAUAUUCAAUUUACUUAAUUCGGAGAUGAUUGUCAACCAUUACAAGUCGGUCACAAUCGAAAAUAUAUCCGCAGAACGUAUGACCAUAGGUAUCCGUUCGUUUUGUUUGUUGCUAACAGCAAUGCAAAACACAAAAGCGAGACCACCUUUUCCGACUAGUAUCGAGUUUGCAGAUCUUAAAUCAUUAUUAUCCGGACUGGGAAGCACCUCAGAUAUUCUUCCAGAGAGUUUCUUUACUCGUCCGGGUCUAAAAGAAACAUUCGAAAAAUUUUGUGACAUCGCAUAUAAAAUUGCGUGGGUUGUUGAUAACACAUAUGGUAAUAUGCUUGUGUUGGAUGAACGGCAUUUGGCUACGCGAAGUAGUUCGAUUCCGAGCACCGCUGGCCAGGGGGUUGUUAGCUCAUACGGGGAGUCUACCGUGUUUCAUCAGUACGCAACGUUAUGUGUUACCUAUCCAAAAGAACGGCAACCGUAUUUAGAUUUACUGAAAACUUAUGUACGCGCACUUCCGCGAAUAUUACCUCCGAAUGUUCCAAAAUCACGUAUUGUUGAUAUGUUGUGUCGUUAUACUGUUCAUCUUGAUCCUGAUCUUGCAAAAGUUGCCGCUACAGCACUGGGACGAAUUGCAGCACAAUGUGGUGCAGAAAUUGUAAUUAUGGGAUUUUCGAGAUUUGUUUAUAGGAUUGAAGAUAAAUACGCGGAAAUUUUAGCUGGAACUGGCCCUGGAAUAGGCACAAAAUUUGGCGGCGCGUUAAAAUUGUAUAUUGAAUUAUUACGUGUAUGGCUGGCACAACUACAUGAAAAUCCUCCCCAUGGAGAAAUAGGAACGGCCAUGGUUAAUAAUGACUCUAGUAUAGAAUCACCUGUGACAGGUGAAAUACCCAACGAUAAUAUAAACUUAGAAAUUGAAGACACAAGUAUAUGGACAAUUAUUGAAGAAGCAGAAGCUAAUGGGCUAUUAUUUUUGUGUAGUCAAUCAUGUAUAAUUAGAAAAUACGCUGUUAAUAUCUUAAAUCAUGUCGCUGAACUUGAAUCAGAAUUUAUACGACGAGCAUGCGUCAGAGAUGAUUCAAAUACCAGACAGAAAACAUUGGGACUCUCACGUAGCAAUGAUGAUAUUACGCUCGUGGGGUACGAAGGUGGUUUAACAUCUCCUUUAAAUUUAGAUUCACAGCUCGGAUCGAAUUCAAACUUGCUUUUUUCUGCAACAAAUAAUGACGAUAAAAAACCCUAUACGCGAGUUAUUCAUGUAUUGAAACGUGGUGGUGGCGAUCUUAUAAAAUUCGAUAAAUUGUCGGCGGGUGCAUCGCAGACGGCGUUAUCGAUAGUGGAACAGAUUCGACUGCAAAAAUUAUUACAACAAGGAAAAAAGGAUAUUCUAUUGCGCUUGUUAGAAAGUGAUCAUAGCGCAGAUGCUGUUAUCUGGUCUCAUUUGUUCCCAGAAUUUAUGAAAAUAUGUUUUGAAUAUUUUCCAGUGACAGUUGCAUUAUGUCGAAAUAAUGUUUGUCUUCGAAUCCUUCAAAUGCAAAAUGCAAUUGUGAGUGCAGCCGAAUAUGCCACUCGAACUCCCACGGGAACUUUAUCUAUGACGAAAUUACAUUCAAGACCUUUAUCGCCUAACGACGAGAUUAUCGGUCAAUGGCGUUCAUACUUGAUUGUCGCUUGCUCUACAAUCACUCUUACCGAUGAUUAUGAGGAUCGUAAAAUUUGGACGACCGAUCGAAAACGUCAUGAUUCUUCACAUACUGAUCGAAUAACUUCUGCUCGAGCUUUGUUUCGAAGAAUAUUACAUUUUCUGUAUUCUGAGCAUACAAUAAUUAGAGAAGCUGUAGUAGCCGCACUUGGAAACAUCAAUGAAGUAGUAUAUAAAGUGCUUUUGGACGAUUUACAAAUGUAUAUGCAACAGGUAAAUGAGGAUUAUCGAACAAAGAGCAUAACAAAGCCAUACGCCUCGAUUCACAGAAGACUCAAAAGAUACGAUCGUCUCCGUACCGAAAUUGCUCAUGUACUUCAACUUACUGCGCAUUUCCUAAUGAACCCUGACAAUAUACGCCAAAAUAAAAUCAGUCAAUUGAUAAUGAAUUAUGUUCGAGACACGAUGAUUUUCUUGCGCGAAGCCGAGUUUCCACCUGAUUGGGAAUGGCAAAAACUUCGACAAUACUUUUGUGGUCUUGUAGAAAAACUAUACGAUGGCAUUUCUCAAUUAAACGAUAUUAAAGAAGAAAUGGAAAUAAUGUCGUUUGACAUGCGAAUUACAUUAUUCAAAAUGUUCGAAGAAUGGUGUGGACAUGGACCAAAGGGACAGCUGAAUCGUGAUCGCGAAGGGAAAAUGAUCUCUAGUUUGUUAGAAUCUUAUCCUAAAGAUCCAGAUGAACGACGCCCAUUGCAUGCACAAUUGGAAACUGAAAGAAAAGCAUUAGAACUAGCCGCAUUAAACGCAAUGGCAUCGUUAUGUAGGGGACCACUCUUUGUGAAUGACUCCAAUAACAAACCUUCUUCUUUUGACGUCCAAUCACUUUUCAAAUGGAUUGAAUCUGUAUUUGCGGAUCCUCAAGAUAAAUUACAUCCUAUAGCGAGGAAAGCAAUAGAAGGAUUACUUAUUUCCAACACGAAUGCUACGCAUUUAUUAGAUAACUCCAUUCAUCAAACAUAUAGCGGAAAUCCAUCAGAUAAACUUACUCAAGGAUACUUUUUAGCAAUUGCACAAACUCUAUUCAAAGUACGCAAUUAUCCAUUAAAACCUCCAUAUAAGAUUAUUGCACUGGCCCUCUUCAAAGUAGGAGAUCCCGAUUUGGAAAUCCGCAAAAUUGCAAUAAAACUAUUGAAAAUGAUCGAAAAAAGAAUCUUUGACGAGUGUUGCGCAGCUGAAUAUGAAGUAGGAAUAACCUGCGAGCUAUCUUCAAUUUAUAAGCAAGCGCAGAUCGCUUUGUCUACCAAGCUUGCUCAGAAUGCUCGAAAGCGUGACGAAAUGAGAAGAAAACGAGAGGAAGGAAAAAAUAAAUUAGAAGUAAUGACAACAGUUUCUUCCGAUCCAACCCGCAUUGAAGAAGUAAAAAAUUACGAUGAAUCGCAUUACAUGCUUUCCGAAUUCACAUUUAGAUUUGAGCAAGUUGGAGAAAGAAGUCAAAGAGAUAUGCUCAAUUACUUUUUACCAUGGUUACGUAACAUUGAAUUAUUCGUGAACGAAGAAGACGAAUUGCCACCAACAACCAACAUGAUCAUCUCCAAUUUGUUCUUUAUUACGGUAAAAUAUGGUGAUAUUUACGUAAAAGAAGUAGAAUUGAUUUGGCAACAAUUAGUUACAGGAGAGCAUGUGCCAAAUGUUCAAGCUAUCGUGAAAUUUUUAAUUGAUGUUGGUCUAGAAAAGAGAAAUCCAAAUUUCGUAACUCAUGCUAAAAGAGUUUUCGUAUUUCUUGGACGGACACCAGCAUGUGCAGCUGUUAUUGAAAAAUUGAUCUCGAAAAUAACACCAAAAUCAAUGACACCGCAACCACGUGAAAAAGAAGACACAACAAAAAAAGGUACACUUGGUUUAUGGUAUGCGAGUUUCGAUGAAGUAUUGCCCGCUCAUAAUAAAAGGCCAGUUUUCUCUGCGGGACAAUUAGCACUGCUGUAUAUGGUUGAUAUGGCAAUUGAAGCUGGGUCUGAUCUUCAAAUAUAUUUGCCAUUAUUAUUACAUGUACUUUUCGUGCAAUUGGAUUCUGUGAAUCCCCUAAUUAGUGAAGAAACACGCUCACUGUUAGUCAAUCUCAUAUACUCAAUUAUCAUUGGCAGAUCUGUUUAUCCAGAUAUAGUAAAUUUAGGAUCGUCUUUAGUUGCAGAGUUGAAAGCUAAAGAAGGUCCGCAACUUUGGCAAUAUGAAGAUAUAAAUUAUAAUCAUAGGUCUUUAAGUAGUUUUAUAGAACUCGAUAAACUAGCAAAAGAUGUAAUUAAAGUUUUCGGUGAACGGGAUCAAGAAACUCUACAACAAUGGUGGGGCGAAACAGCCUUAAAAUGGGCAACAACAUGUCCUGUACGUCAUAUUGUUUGUCGUUCAUUCCAAAUAUUUCGAUCACUUAAACCGGUAUUUAAUAUUGCUAUGUUACAUGACAUGCUAUAUCGUCUUAGCACUACAAUUGCCGAUACCACCGAAGAAACACAAGGGUCUGCUUUAGAAAUAUUAAUUACUCUUAGCGACGUGGUUGACUGGCUUGAACCAGGCACUAAAGAAAUAUUUCCACAAAUGCUUUGGGCCACGAUAGCAUGUCUUCAGACUAUUAAUGAACUAGAGUUUUUAGAAGCUCUCGGAAUACUCGAAAAAAUACUUAAAAAAUUUAACAUGCAAGAUCCGGAAAAUCAAGAGCUAUUUUGGAGCUUUUUCCCGGAACCUCAAUGGAAAGGACAAUUUGAAGGAAUUCAACCAUUAUUGUUAAAAGGAAUUCGAUCAUCUAUCUCGCUUCAGCCUACUUUUAAUAUGCUCAAGAAAUUGAUAUAUCUUAAUGAUCAAUUUGUUGAUCCAUCAGAAGGAAGACUAUUAUAUCUUAUUUUAGCCAAUCUUCCUCAUAUGGUUGAUGUAUUGAGCAGUAGUAUGGUACCCGAUGAUUGCAUCGAGUGGGCUCAAAAUCUAUCACUAAUUGCAGAACAACAGGAACGUCAUAAUAUCGUUCGUGUUCUCAGUUCAUACACGAAAAAUCGUUUUCGACAAAAAGAAGAUGACUUCCUGAAACAAAUAAUUAACGUGAUCCGGGAGUACUAUUUCCCUGAAUAUGAAGCACAAACUUUACUUUUUCUGAUGAGUCUCUUAUCAAAUAAGAUUCCAUAUUACAAACGGAAAACGAUGAAAAUUCUUAAAAUAUUGCUUCCAUUUGUAGAUACACAACGUACUGAACUCAAUAAUAUCGGUGCGGAACUCAUUCUUCCUCUUCUUCGUCUCUUGCAAACAACAUAUUCACAAGAAGCCAUUGAAGUGCUAGAUGAGACAAUCUCGAUUACUGGUGGACCAAAGGAUAAACAUAUAAUACGAAUGAGCAUAAAUGCAAAAAAGGUUCAAAAAGAUUUUGAGACGACUUCAGGUUUGUUUGGUAUUCCGGAUGAUUCUGGAUGGGCUGUUCCUGAUACUGGAAAUGUUGCCACGAUGACACGAAAUAAUGUGCAAGCAGUUUGCAUGACAUGUAAAGUCAGUAUUACACCGGAUUACGAAUUUUUCCCCGAAAUCACAGCUGACUUAACAAAUGGAUAUGAAACACCUACUCGACGACAUCAAUUCAGUGAAAUCGUUUCAAAAUUGGAAGAUUUAGAAAACUAUUUUAAUCCCAUAGAUGAAGAUACCGAUAUCAUGACGAAUGACGUUGGUGUGGGUAGCAGUAACAGCAUUGGGAUAAAUGGUGAUUCACGAGGUCGCUCAAUGACAUUACCCUUAACUCAUCAAAUUCCACGCAUAAUACAACAAGAUCUAGGCGACGAUUUUUCGGACCAAACAAAUCCCGAAUACUAUUCACGAUACGACACUAUGCUUGAUCGGCAUCUUUCAGAAUCUCCAUCACUAGGUUCACUGAGAUCAUAUGUAGAACCAUAUUACAUACGGACUAGUUCAUCCUCGGCCUCUUCAAUACACACAAUCAAUGACAAUUCAUCGACGGUCCGAAAUGCUGAAGAAUUUGCUGCACGUCUGCAAUCUUUAAGUUCUACCACUUACUCCGAAGAUUACGACGCGUCGUGGUAUGAUGAUGGCGAAUCUGUUCUCUCAGAGAGUAGUAGCACGUUUCCGAUGGAUUCUUACUUACGGCGUACUCGAACUCCUGGUGGCUCGUUUUCGCAUGAAACAACGCCUUCUGUUUAA